AUGAUUGAAUGUUGUCCCCAGGUCCCUGAGGGUAAAGUGGUGGUCCUGUCCUUCCGCUUCAUUGACCUGGAGAGUGACAACCUGUGUCGCUAUGACUACGUGGAUGUUUACAGUGGCCAUGUGAGUGGUCAGAGGCUGGGCCGCUUCUGUGGGACAUUCAGGCCAGGUGCCCUGGUCUCCACCGGCAACAAGAUGCUCAUUCAGAUGGUGUCUGAUGCCAACACGGCCGGGAGUGGCUUCCUGGCAGUGUACUCUUCUGGCCAGCCGCAUGAGAGAGGUAAGCAGAAGAAGAAUAGAAGAAGAAUGUAGCAGUUUUUAAGGGUUACGUGCCUUGCUCAAUGGCACAGUGGCAGGCGAUGGCAUCUAUGAUCUAGGAUUCUACUAGAUUUUUUCUGUUGAACUUGAGAGUCAAACCGGUUACCCGCCGGUUGCAGGCCUGCCUCUCUAACCUCUAGGCUACCUGCCGGGCCACGAACCACUGUGUGGGUUGAAGAGGGGUUGUGUCAUCUCUAAGUUGUUGUACCCCUGGAUGUAGUUAUGUAGGGAACAUUUCAGUCAUCAUUAUCCAGCCUCUACCCAAGCAUGUUCAACAGAGCAUUAGGGACUGAGCCCUAGCCAUGACUCUGCUCUGACUCCACAUUGUAAAGACAUCAGAAAUGUGUGUGCGUGUUUAGGGCCAAGGGUCACACUUUAACGAGCUAAUUAACAAGCCUCUUAAUCGCUAGCUGCCCCAGCAAGGUCAUUGCAUCGUGUCACUGUAAUAAUACUAAUACCCAGAUGAAGAGAUCUGAGAGGGCAAUUAUUUACAUCUGAGACUAAAAGGCAGUUCUAGCUAAAUAAAUGACUCCCAACGGGUAGCAGGUCAAGGAAACGUUUGACUUCUGCUUGGUAAGAUAAAGUACCACUGCUCUUUCAGUUCAGACCUCUUGCGCAGUUAAGACGAGACCUGUUGACUUAAAGCUUGCUCGAGGAGGUGAAUCUCUACACAUUUCACAGCAUGACGAGGAAUUCUUCACGGCUCGUUUUCUGGAUGGAGCGCUCUAGGGCCAGACAGGUCAGCGUUAAGCCGUCCCUUCCUCUUCUGACCCGGUGACGUUACUUUUCCCCGAAUGAGUUAGUGGAAUUUUUUUGGUCUGGUGCCUCCCUAUAUACAGUGAGGGGAAAAAAGUAUUUGAUCCCCUGCUGAUUUUGUACGUUUGCCCACUGACAAAGACAUGAUCAGUCUGUAAUUUUAAUGGUAGGUUUAUUUGAACAGUGAGAGACAGAAUAACAACAAAAAAAUCCAGAAAAACGCAUGUCAAAAAUGUUUUAAAUUGAUUUGCAUUUUAAUGAAAUAAGUAUUUGACCCCUCUGCAAAACAUGACUUAGUACUUGGUGGCAAAACCCUUGUUGGCAAUCACAGAGGUCAGACGUUUCUUGUAGUUGGCCACCAGGUUUGCACACAUCUCAGGAGGGAUUUUGUCCCACUCCUCUUUGUAGAACUUCUCCAAUUCAUUAAGGUUUCGAGGCUGACGUUUGGCAACUCAAACCUUCAGCUCCCUCCACAGAUAUUCUAUGGGAUUAAGGUCUGGCGACUGGCUAGGCCACUCCAGGACCUUAAUGUGCUUCUUCUUGAGCCACUCCUUUGUUGCCUUGGCUGUGUGUUUUGGGUCAUUGUCAUGCUGGAAUACCCAUCCACAACCCAUUUUCAAUGCCCUGGCUGAGGGAAGGAGGUUCUCACCCAAGAUUUGAUGGUACAUGGCCCCGUCCAUCGUCCCUUUGAUGCGGUGAAGUUGUCCUGUCCCCUUAGCAGAAAAACACCCCCAAAGCAUAAUGUUUCCACCUCCAUGUUUGUCGGUGGGGAUGGUGUUCUUGGGGUCAUAGGCAGCAUUCCUCCUCCUCCAAACACGGCGAGUUGAGUUGAUGCCAAAGAGCUCGAUUUUGGUCUCAUCUGACCACAACACUUUCACCCAGUUCUCCUCUGAAUCAUUCAGAUGUUCAUUGGCAAACUUCAGACUAUGCUUUCUUGAGCAGGGGGACCUUGCGGGCGCUGCAGGAUUUCAGUCCUUCACGGCGUAGUGUGUUACCAAUUGUUUUCUUGGUGACUAUGGUCCCAGCUGCCUUGAGAUCAUUGACAAGAUCCUCCCGUGUAGUUCUGGGCUGAUUCCUCACCGUUCUCAUGAUCAUUGCAACUCCACGAGGUGAGAUCUUGCAUGGAGCCCCAGGCCGAGGGAGAUUGACAGUUAUUUUGUGUUUCUUCCAUUUGCGAAUAAUCGCACCAACUGUUGUCACCUUCUCACCAAGCUGCUUGGUGAUGGUCUUGUAGCCCAUUCCAGCCUUGUGUAGGUCUACAAUCUUGUCCCUGACAUCCUUGGAGAGCUCUUUGGUCUUGGCCAUGGUGGAGAGUUUGGAAUCUGAUUGAUUGAUUGCUUCUGUGGACAGGUGUCUUUUAUACAGGUAACAAGCUGAGUUGAGGAGCACUCCCUUUAAGAGUGUGCUCCUAAUCUCAGCUUAUUACCUGUAUAAAAGACACCUGGGAGCCAGAAAUCUUUCUGAUUGAGAGGGGGUCAAAUACUUAUUUCCCUAAUUAAAAUGCCAAUCAAUUUAUAACAUUUUUGACAUGCGUUUUUCUGGAUUUUUUUGUUGUUAUUCUGUCUCUCACUGUUCAAAUAAACCUACCAUUAAAAUGAUAGACUGAUCAUGUCUUUGUCAGUGGGCAAACAUACAAAAUCAGCAGGGGAUCAAAUACUAUUUUCCCUCACUGUACCUUCUCUCUGUCACCGUACCUCUACAGUAGCUGAAAGCUAGAAUGCCGCUGGGUCUGUAAGUUUAGAUAGACUGGUGUUCUUCACACACCAGAUGCUAGAGCAGAUAGACUGGUUUCUCCAUCUCUCCCUGUUCCUGGGAGUGGCUGGUUGAAACUGAAAAGCACCACACAGCACUCCUCCAUAUGUUUAUUUUAGUUACAGAGUCAAAUUGGACUUGUCCGUCUGCCAGUCAUGAGGCUGGGAGCUCAGCUGUAGCGACUAACUACAUGUUACAGGAGAUCCAGCCAUGGUUUUUAAAGAUCCACAGAUCCCUUGCCAGUCCAAGCAGCUUGUGUGGUUGCAGCAGGGGACCAAGGCAGAGAGACAGACAGAUGUCUUCUUUAGUUACUCAUAAUAAAGGAAGCAUGAGAUAAGAGCCUACAUUCAAAAAUGUUAGUGCCAUUAUGGAAUUAUGUCAUGCACGUGCACAACAUUCCGUCCUUCAACAUUAAAAUGGAAAAUAUAUAUCUUGCACAUAAACACAGUCACAGGAGGAUGUCCAGUGGUGCUUCAAAUGAAUAGCAUGUGAAGCAGUACUAUCUGGGUAGUAUAACUAAAUGUUGGGGUUUGACUUUGCACCCACCAGGGGAUCAGUACUGUGGCGGUCGUCUGGAUAAACCCUCUGGGUCCUUUAAGACGCCUAACUGGCCCGAGAAGGACUACCCCGCUGGGGUCACCUGCUCAUGGCACAUAGUGGCUCCUAAGAACCAGGUGAGUGUUAGUCUACAACCACAGGGUCUUACUUUACUCACAGUUCAACUUGACACAAUUGAGAGUGAUUGAGAUCGCCUAAGUGGUUUGCUCUUGGUUAGUGAUGCACAAUGAAAUGCACCUUCAGAAUGUGGGCUGAAACUAAUGUGUUCAAUGUAACAUGUGUUCAAUGUAACAUGUGUUCUUUGUAACCUGUGUUCUAUGUAACCUGUGUUCUGUGUGACCUGUGUUCUAUGUAACCUGUCCACCAACACAGAUCAUUGAGGUGAAAUUUGAGAAGUUCGAUGUGGAAAGAGACAACUACUGCCGCUAUGACUAUGUGGCCAUUUUUAAUGGGGCAGAGAUUAAUGAUGCCAAGAGGAUCGGGAAAUUCUGUGGCGAUAGCCCUCCAGCGUACGUCACACACCUAUUUCUACUCUGCAUUCAUCUAGCUAAUGUACCGCUUGGCUUAUGACCUUGAUCAUAAACCUACUAAUGCCUGAUUUACUGUUUUACCUAAGCACAAGAUAUCCAUGAGCAUAUUCGAUAUAUCAACUACUUACCAGGUAUACUAACAUUCUCUCUCUCUCUCUCUCUCUCUCUCUCUCUCUCUCUCUCUCUCUCUGUCUCUGUCUCUGUCUCUGUCUCUGUCUCUGUCUCUGUCUCUGUCUCUCUCUCUGUGUGUGUGUAGUCCAGUAUUCUCUGAAGGUAACCAGCUCCUGAUCCAGUUCCUCUCAGACCUCAGUUUAACAGCAGACGGGUUCAUUGGCCACUACAAGUUUAGACCCAAGAAGUUCCCCACCACCACGGUACCACCGACCACCACCAUCCCAGCAGCCACCACCAGACCCAUACGUAGGUAGCUCCUUUUUCUCUGUUUAAUCCAAGCAGAACAUAUGUGUAUCUCUUCCCUUGUCUUGACACAUCUCUUCAGUCUUGUUGUUACAAUGUAAAGUGCUUUUAGCACAAUAUGAAUCCAAUUCAUCGUCAUCAUUGUCAAAAUGAUGAUGAUGAUCAUCAUCUCCAGGCCACACGUGUGUUUGGCCCAUUUGAUCUGCUACUAGGAGUUAUGGAUUUAGAGACAGAAUGGAUUGCCUUGUCCCAGUGAUCUUUGAUGCUGAUGCCAACAUGUGGUGUAGCUGCUGUAGCUCCCUCCCUCCCACCAGGAGAGUGGCUUCCAGGCAUCUGCAUUAGCCUGGUCCCAGAUCAGAUCUAUCGUGGUAGUGGCUGUUGCCCCCAGGAUGAAAGGCAAUGGAGCAGACACCAAUGCUGGAUGGCUGUUAAUCUCGUCCCUAGCCGGCUGUCUCUGUAGCAGUUGGUGACGAGGUUAGAUGCCAGUCAAAACAUCAGUCCACUCUAACUUAUCACUUCCGUGUAUUAUUUUCCUGUCUUUUCUAGUCUUUUUAAAUCUGUGAUUUGUCUACUAUGUCAGAGCUAAGGUGAAGGGAGGCGAGUAGACCCCCCAAAGAGACACCUUGUUCCUUCUUAUUCAGACAAACUAAUAUGCAGAACAACCUAAAGUCACACAUGUAUGGUUGUUUGUGGCCACCAACUUUCUCUGGCAAGGCACACACACACACACACUGUCAUCAGGAUCCUUUGAUGACUGCCUCUGAUUGGCUUAUAAAAUAAAUAUAUACCAUUUAGCAGACGCUUUUAACCAAAGCGACUUACAGUCAUGCGUGCAUACAUUAAUUUUUUUAUUUUAUUUUUGUGUAUGGGUGGUCCCGGGGAUCGAACCCACUACCUUGGCGUUACAAGCGCCGUGCUCUACCAGCUGAGCUACAGAGGACCACAUCUUUUAGGCUUUUUGUUCUCCACCAGUAAGAAUAAUAUUUGGAUAGUGGUUGGACAGUCUUUUCCCUAUACCACUACCAUAGCAGCCUUGAGACGUCUUUUUUAAUAACUUGAUGUUCCUAAACAGGCUUCCCACAGUCACUGACACCGUUCAUUCAAAGGGUAUCACACAUAAUGAGUCCAAACUUUUCACAGAAGCUGGAAAAUAUAUUCCAAUAUACAGAAAAAAGGUUAACGUCUGUUAACUGUUAAGGUGAUAUUUGAGUAAAACAUUGAUGAAAUGCCACUGAUUAGGCUACUGUGAGCCUCCGCUGGCAAAAUGAAUGCCAUAACCAACAUGCGUUACUGCUAAGACCAGUUUAUCUCCAGUUGCUCUGACCGAAAUUGGCAGUUUGGCGCUCGUUUUUAAGGACACACCUCAAAUAGUUUCACCCCUCCCAUCUCAGCGCAAGUGAGCUGAUGUUAGACAGGUAAAUGACCAACCCUGGCACAAGGGUUGGAAAAUAGCAGAGCGCCGGUUUUUAGAAGUCUAAAUUGCCAAGAAGUGUGCGUUAGACACUUGCAUUUUUACAUUUUAGUCAUUUAGCAGACGCUCUUAUCCAGAGCGACUUACAGUUAGUGAGUGCAAACAUUUUUUUUUUUUUUUUUUUUUUUUUUUUUAUACUGGAAUCGAACCCACAACCCUGGCGUUGCAAAUGCCAUGCUCUACCAACUGAGCUACAUCCCUGCCGGCCAUUCCCUCCCCUACCCUGGACGACGCUGGGCCAAUUGUGCGCCGCCCCUUGGGUCUCCCUGUCGCGGCCGGCUACAACAGAGCCUGGAUUCGAACCAGGAUCUCUAGUGGCACAGCUAGCACUGCGAUGCAGAGCCUUAGACCACUUGCGCCGCCUUAACGCCAGCCGAAAAAGAGCCCUAUACCUUAAGUGUGAUGUGAACUCUUAUGUAGGAUUCUAAGUUGCCUACAGUUUUCAAUGGGAAGUGUUCAUACUAAUUUAUUAGCCUACGAUUGAUUUCAAUUCAUUCCCUGAAUUGACUCAAGGUGAAACAAAAUCAACCCAAACCCUACUCGCUAGCGUCAAUUGAAUGUGUAAGAUGGAAUGUGAACUAAGUAACUAUAUUUUAUUUUUCUCUGUGUCUCCCCAGCCCUGAAGUACUCUGUAGCGCUGUGCCAGCAGAAAUGCAAAAGAAGUGGAACUGUUGAGAGCAACUACUGUACCAGUGACUUCGGUAAGAGAGAGACUAUUCUCCUACAGCUAAUGCUACAUCUAUUACUAUGGCUGCCCCACCUAAAGCCGCCCCUACUGCCGUCACGGAUACUAAGCUACAGCAACAAACAACAACAGGUCAACAGUGUGUGCCGUGUGUGUCUGUGUGUUUCAGUCAGGGGGUUGGGGGUGAGAGAAAAUCCUCCAACAUUUACCACAGUGUCAACCCAGUCCAUAUGAGCUGUCCCUCCCGCAACAAACCCAUGUUGUCAUGGUCCCCUCCGUCAUGGCACACUAUCUUUGGCCUUCUGCGUUGUUUCAUCGUGUCUCAUAAGCUUCCUUGAGGGUUUUCUGACAGGGCAGCCCAGUGAAUUUGUGUAUGGGACAGACACAGUUCUCUUCUUCUCAUAGAGUAAACACGCAUGCCAGAGAAGAGCCUAACUGUAGGUAAACUGUUGCUAAAUGAAAGUGUUGAUUCAGCCAAUGUACUCCAUGGCCUCAGUUUGCUACCCCGUUAUUUAGACUAGCUCUGUGAUGUUUUGAUGGAAUGAGGCAGGUAUUAUAAUAAUUGCUUUUCCUCAGGGAGGUUGGGUCAGAUUUGUAUAGAAAAUGGCUCUGGCUGUCAGUGAAGCCCAGUAAUGUGGUGUUAGUGGAAAAAUGUAUUGUAUAAUACAGUGGCAGACAGUCUGCAGUCAUAUCAAGCCAAGGGUGUUACAUCACAUGUUUUUAAUGACUGGGCUAGACACAAAAGGACCUUAACAGAAGACUCAACUGAUCCGGCCUUUCCUUCCUGUUUACACAUUGAUCUGAUUAUCUUAUUCAAAGAUAUUCCUCCAGUACAUUUUGAAAGCCAAGCAUCAGAGUAUUUGUAUCGAAAGAUAUUCGAUCUCGAUCAUACAAUAUUUGGUCAAGGCACUUACAGAGCUUACAGGCUGUUGAAAGUUAUACACCACCAUUUCAUAAUGAUGACACAGUUGUCAGACUUCAAAUCUAAGUAGAUGUUGUUGACUGCUUGUUGUUCAGCCAUCUAAACUCCCUAUGUGUUUUUUGUGACAGUGAUAACAGGAACUGUCAUCACAGCGGUGGUGCGAGGAGGCAGCAUGUACGCCACCAUCUCCAUCAUCAACGUCUACAAAGAAGGCAACCUGGCCAUUCAGCAGGCCGGCAAGACCAUGAGCACCAAGAUCAUCAUCCUCUGCAAGAAGUGUCCGUUCAUCAGACGAGGUGAGUAGUAGUACAAUGGACCACUGCCAAAGGACUCUGGGUCUCACUCUCCCCUAGCCUGGUCCCAGAUCGGUUUGUGCUCUUGCCAACUCCAUUGCUCAUUGUCAAGACAAUGUGGUUUGGCAUGACAAUGAGUGACAAGGAGUUGGCAUGAUAGCACAAACAGACUGGCACUCAGGCUAACUCUCCCCUGGAUAUAGUCAUCCGUUUCUCUUGCUUUAGUUUCAGACAUUCACCAUGACACUAUAGCAUAGGUAUUAGUCCAUGAUUGUACCAAAUGUUUUUCUUUCAUUUCAAAUUCUAUGUUUGAGUAAUACUUACACAGUUUCAAGUGUGGCACUGAGUAAGCACUUGUAACAGCGGUAUUGUUCAAAAUAUACAAGAUACAUAAGAAAGAGGUGGUUCGACAUACUACUUGGUGUAUGGCUCUGAGUUUGCCUCCAUUGCUGUAGCCUAUCUUCAAUCUCACCUAAAGGAGCUUGACCAAGGUCUGAGGUAAGCGGCAAAACUCACUGUGCAAUCAGAUCUAUACCUUCCCCCUCAGCCGUUGAUCCAUACUGUGAAUAUAUACAAACAUACUGUCCAGUACUGUAUAUGUUUAUAGAUGUGCCUAUAAACAUAUAUGGAACACAGAGGGGAGUUGAUGCUGAUGUGCUACCUUCCUGAAUGUCUCUGCCGUUCCGCCACUGCAUUCAGGCUCUUUCUGUGUGAUCUCACUAGGCCUCAACUACAUCUUCAUGGGCUCAGCAGACGAGGAUGGGAAGGGGAAGAUCGCCCCCCAUCACUUUGUCAUGGCCUUCAAGGCCAAGAACCAGAGGGCCCUCAACGUACUGAAAACCAAACGCUGCUGA